UCUCCUGGGGCCCUGCUUAGCCGGCUGACGGGCAGCCCCUCCGGCCGGCUACCGCGUCGUUCUGGCAGGGCCAGAGCACUCCUAGUGCCCAGUGCCCAAUGCGCUGGUGCAGGGUUGGGAUGUGGAGUACGGCGGGACCCUCGCCCCCAGCACCUGGGGCAGGUGCAGUUAACCCGGGCUAAACCAGAAGAUCAGAAGUGGGACCUCCCGGAGUCCACCCAUCGAUCCCGAGGCAGAGGAUGCUGUGCAAACUCCGGGAGCUUUGAACCUCGCAGCUCUCCGUACUGCGGACUAUUCGGACCGGCGUGGCCUCGUUCCCGCGCUUUCUGGCGUGCAGGGGUCAAAGAGCGCUGCGCAGGCGCACUGAGCCGAGGCGGUGGCCAUGGGCGAGGCAGGAGGCGCUGAGGAGGCCUGUCGGCACAUGGGAACCAAAGAAGAGUUCGUUAAAGUCAGAAAGAAGGACCUGGAACGGCUGACAACUGAAGUGAUGCAAAUACGGGACUUCUUACCCAGAAUACUAAAUGGGGAGGUACUGGAAAGCUUCCAGAAAUUAAAGAUUGUAGAAAAAAACCUGGAAAGGAAGGAGCAAGAAUUAGAGCAGCUGAAACUGGACUGUGAGCAUUUCAAAGCCCGCCUGGAAACGGUGCAGGCCGACAGUGGGAGGGAGAAGAAGGGAAUUCCAGCCAUCAGGGAAGUAUGGACCUGGUGCUACUUGUUGGCGAGGGCAGGAAGCCCUGCAUCAGCUCUGGCCUACCCAAAGGAGAAGCUGGCUCUUCGACAGCAGCUGAAUGAAGCAAAGCAGCAGCUCCUACAGCAGGCAGAAUAUUGUACAGAAAUGGGAGCGGCCACCUGCACCCUCCUGUGGGGUGUCUCCAGCAGCGAGGAAGUUGUCAAAGCCAUUCUGGGAGGAGAUAAAGCUUUGAAGUUUUUCCGCAUCACUGGCCAAACAAUGGAAAGUUUUGUGAAGUCACUGGAUGGGGAUGUCAAGGAGCUCGAUUCUGAUGAAAAUCAGUUUGUUUUUGCUUUGGCUGGAAUUGUAACAAAUGUUGCUGCAAUAGCAUGUGGUCGUGAAUUCUUGGUUAAUUCCAGUAGGGUGCUCUUGGACACGAUGUUGCAGCUGCUGGGGGACUUGAAGCCCGGACAAUGCACCAAACUUAAAGUGUUGAUGCUGAUGUCCCUGUACAAUGUGAGCAUCAAUUUGAAAGGCUUGAAAUACAUCAGUGAGAGCCCUGGAUUCAUCCCUUUGCUCUGGUGGCUUUUGAAUGAUCCAGAUGCAGAGGUGUGUCUUCACGUACUGAGGCUAGUCCAGUCUGUGGUUCUGGAACCAGAAGUCUUCUCCAAGUCGGCCUCCGAGUUCCGGAGCUCCCUGCCCCUGCAGCGCAUCCUGGCCAUGUCUGAGAGCCGCAACACCCACCUGCAGACUGCGGCCCAGGAGCUCCUGGAAGACCUCCGUGCCUUGGAGCAGGAUGUAUAGGUGCACUUGGCCACCAAGGGGCUUGGUGAGAAUGCCAGUGUCCCUCCCCUCCCCAGGUCCCUCACUUUGUAUUCAAAGCCAUCACCGUGUGCUGUGUGUUAGAGACAGCUAUCUGCGAUGGACUAGAGAUGGACAUGAAUGAUAUGUAUCCCACAUCUGUGCUACGUAGAAGAACCUUAGAGCAGCGGCUUGCUGCCCAGUAGACUACCAUGACCUGUAGGUCACUGCGCAGAUGGAGAUUAGAUAACCCUCUACCUCAUGGUCAGCAUUUUUCUAAGAUACAUUUCUUUGAAAAGCAAUUCAUUCUCUCUAGUAAUUAUAAAAUCUCCAAAAUGCAGGUUUACCUUUGUGACCUUUUGGUGAUCUUGCUAUUUCAGAUGACAUUGGACAUUUUAGCUCUUUAUUUUUUGUGCCUCUUUUAUUUUUGAAUAAAGAAAGUCAGAUGAGUCAA